AUGGACGACCCAGCGAGCCGUCUCCCCGGGCAGCUGCUGCCGCAUAUGCAUCUGUUGUCGCGGCAUCGCUACCCCUUAAUGCAUAUGAUGCCCACCGAGACCGUCGUCGAAUACCUUCUGUCCGCCCAAAAGAUCGUCCGCGAGGCGCAACCGAUGUAUUGGUCAUUCUUGGAUGGCCCUCAGGAUGGGACCGUCAUGCUCACCUGGCAACCUCUGAACCACUUGGGGACCAACUUUGCUAGUGAUGGCUAUGUCUGGGCGGACGUCGAACAAGCUUUCACCUUUGAAGCUCGCGGCUAUGUGUUAGAGAUGUUGCUACACCGAAGUGGCUACCAUCCCCCGAACGAGCCGCUUGCCAUUCACUGCCGCCGACGUUAUCGAUUGUUACCAUCAAAAGUCCCGAACCCUAACAUGCCUCCGCCAGACCCGUCCUUGUGGAUCGUUCACUACUCGAGAGCUCCUCAAUCCGACCACAUCCCCGCAAACCGGAUCCCUGUUCAUCCCCAGACUCAGUCCAUGCUGGCACAGCGUCGCUUCCUGCAGAGUCAGGGACAGCUGGCUCGCAAGGACUUCAUGUUGCACGACCGGAACAACUGGCCGACGAUCAAUUUCCCUCAACAGAUGGCCCCGCAGAACUUUGCGCAAGUGCCUGGACCGUAUCCGAACGCAAUGGUCGGACGUCAGCCCUAUUAUCCGCCGCCUGUCCAAGGUGUGCCCGCCCCCGCGGGUGCGGCGCCGGCAAAGGCCCCCCGUGGACAUCGCGCACCCUCUGCCGCAAUGAACGCUGCCACUGCCGACUUUGCGCUCGAGGACGAAGACGUUUCCGCCGGUGACAUGAUGGAUCUCUUGACCCCUCGCGAAGUGAGUAAGAUGCGAUACCAACAACAUCACGAGUGGAUGGAAGAAAUAUUUGCUUCUCCAUACGCGAUUAGCCAGAUCACCCCGGUCUCUCUGGGCUUAGGUCGCAAAGGCGAGCUGGAAUCCUUAACGGCGGGCUUCUUCGAUGCACCGGAUUCUAAAGAUGCCGAUGAUGCCGCCGCCACCAAAAUGGAACCGGCAAAGGCUGAAGAGUUCGCCGAUCGCGUCGCCAAGAGAGUGGCGGACAUGACCGCUGAGAUUGAGAAGCUGAAGAAGCGUCAUGCUCGCAGAAUGGAAAAAUUCAACCGCACUUCCCUUCUCAAAGAUGCCGAGAUUCGACUCCGGGACUCAGCGACCGACCCUGCAGAUACCGGCACGGAGGUCUGGAGACUGGAAGGUCGCAUGGCGGUCCCCGACGAAGAGAACGACGAUCAGAUUCCUGCGCCUUCCGAUCCCAAGGCGACGCACAAAGUGGACGACGUGAUCAAGGAAGUCGAGACUGCGUGGCAUAAGCACAUCGCGUUGGAGCCCAAGGUCUCGUGCGUGCAAAAGGGUGGAUUGUUGGAGAAGAUCGAGCCGGAACCGAAACCGGAACAGCCAUCGCAGGGAGAUAUCGACAUGGACCAGGGCGAUGCACUUCUCAAUCAAUUCAGCGCCACUUCGGGACAGGCUCAAGGCAUUGCUGCGCCCCCACACGAUGCCUCGACCGGCGCGCUUGGGGGCGCCGGCGCGGGUUCUGCAGCGCCGCCUCAGCAGCCCUCGAAUAUUGCGCAGCAAUCUGCUCCGGGUCUGGACAUUGAAAUGGACAUGGGCGAUGGCCAACCUGCCAGUACCGCAGCGGGCGAAACCGGCGACUGGGUGAUGGUCGACGGCGACAAGAAACAUCAGACGACAGAGAAAGGAAAUAUCGGCGAAACUUCCCUCUCCGGCAUCGACACGCCUGGGAGCGGAUUGCAGGGUCUGACUCCGGGCAACACGGCGGGAGACAGUGCCUUGGACGGCGCCAAUUUUGAUUUCACCAACAUGGAUAGCGCGGGCGAUGCGUUGGCGGCGUACACGGAGCAGAACGACGAUCUAGACCUGCCGGAUCUGGAGAACUCGGCCUUUGGCGAUGCAUUCCAUGCAUCGGACAACGAGAAUACCCAUCACCACGACGCCGACGAUUUGGCAUGA